UUUUUUUUUUUUUCAUAAGGAAUUUUCAACGAAAAGGAACUGCGAAUUGAGUUAGCGCGCCAACUCGAUCUGACGACAGCGACGAGGACGAUAACGACGUUUACGAUUGGCUCGAUUUUCUCUUUAGUUUUCAGCUUGACGACGCACAGUUAAAAUCGACUUUUUUUGACUCGUGCGCGUUUAAAGUUUAUUUUUUCAUUUGUUCCUUUUUUAUUUUUCUCUCCGUUUUGUUCGUUUUUUUUUUUAUUUUUCUUUUCUUUUUAUUUUUUUUGUUUUUGUUUUUGUUUUUAACCAUUAGUUUAACCAUUGAACAUUAGUUUAGCGUGUGUAAACGUGUGCGGAUGCGUUUUCGCGUUGUGUGCGUAUGCGGAUGCGUGUGCUUGCGUGUUUCGCGUGUUUCGUCGCGUGCGUACGUGCGUGCAUCCUCUCUACUUUAGAAACGUGCCAUCAUCUCUUUCUCUUGGAAAAGUGUCUACCACUUAUUUAUUCGAAUUGGCUUUGUCGAAAAAGAAAGAGGCGGCGGGAUUUUCAAAUUUAAGCCUAUCGAAUAUUUAACUGUUCUCUUUCUACUUAACUACGUACACAUGCCGAAAUCGGGUUCUAAGUGGAGAUUCUGGAGAAAGCAGAAGAGAUCUCCUUUGGAACAGAAGAAGGAGGAUAAGGAGGAAUCGAAAAAGUGCAAACGAAAACGUGAAGAGGAAACGAAGGAGACCGUGACGAUAAGUCGGAAAAAAGACGAGACUACGAGUACGAGUAAGGAUUGCAAGAGAAAAAUGAUGGAGAAUAUGUUAGCUAAGUGUGAAGCUCGGCUACCAAAAGUCACCCCGAUUACCGACGAUUACGAGAUCAGUAAUCACGUUUUGGGACUUGGUAUUAACGGGAAGGUUGUACAAUGUUACGACAAAAAUACUAGAGAAAAGUAUGCCCUCAAGGUUUUACACGAUUGUGUUAAAGCGAGAAGAGAAGUUGAAUUACAUUGGAGGGCAUCCAAUUGCAGACAUAUUGUCCAAGUAAAGGAUGUAUAUGAAAAUUCGUAUAGUGGAAACAAAUGUUUACUUGUGGUAAUGGAAUGUAUGGAAGGUGGUGAAUUAUUUCAAAGGAUUCAAGAUCGACAGGACAGUGCUUUUACGGAAAGAGAAGCUGCACAAAUAAUGUAUGAAAUAUGUGUAGCUGUAAAACAUCUGCAUGAUAUGAAUAUUGCUCAUAGAGAUCUCAAACCGGAAAAUCUUUUAUAUUCCAAACCAGAUAGUACGGGAAUUUUAAAACUAACUGAUUUUGGAUUUGCCAAAGAAACACAUAUGAAGGAUACAUUACAGACUCCUUGUUAUACGCCAUAUUAUGUUGCUCCAGAAGUUCUGGGACCAGAAAAAUACGAUAAAAGUUGCGAUAUUUGGUCGCUUGGUGUAAUAAUGUAUAUACUAUUAUGCGGCUUUCCACCGUUCUAUAGUAAUCAUGGUUUGGCGAUAUCACCUGGAAUGAAAAAAAGAAUUCGAUUGGGUCAAUAUGAUUUUCCUGCUCCAGAAUGGUCCAAUGUAAGUGUACAAGCUCGUGAUCUCAUUAAAGGAAUGUUAUGCACAGAUCCAGCACAAAGAUUGCAGAUAGACGAAGUGAUGCGCAAUAAAUGGAUUGCCAAAUAUACAGAAGUGCCUCCUACGCCUUUGCACACUGGUCGUGUACUAAGGGAAGGUGAAGAACUUUGGCCCGAAGUACAAGAAGAAAUGACUCGUUCUUUAGCUACAAUGCGGGUAGAUUAUGAUACAGCAAGUCUUAAACAACUCGAUCAUACGAAUAAUCCAUUAUUAAACAAACGUAGACGCGCUAAACAAUCAAGCGCUAUUCCACCUACCGCUAAUCCUACUCCUGCUUCCUAGGAGGAUGCUGUAAGGACCAGACAUAACUGGCAUUUUUUGAUACGCAGAUGCAUUAGAUAUAGCAUUAUUACAAUGCGGAUUGUUUUUUGACGACUUGCAUCAUCAUGCAAAGGAAACAAACUUGCAAAGUAAAUUAUUAUUUAAAGAAAAAAGAAAAAAAAAAAAAACUGUGUGCAUAUGAGUGCACAUAUACCAUCUAUACGUGAAAGGAUUACAUGCGCUAUUGCCCAAUAUAUCAAGAGUUUUCUUUUCGUUUUCUUUUUUUUUUUUCUUUCUUUUUCCAUUUUUAACCAUCGUAAAAUUUUUAAUGUUAACUAUUUGUACAAUUGUUGUAAAAAAUAUUUUAGAAAAGUUUUUUUUUAAUCAUAGACACAAUAAUGAACUUUUAAUAUCACAUUAUUCUUGGGCAAUAAUAGCAUGUAUCCAUUCUUCAUAAUUCAAUCUGUUUUAAUAAUUUAUAAAUAUUUCCGAAACGAUAGAUAAAUAUGGCCUGAUCAAAAUUAUUUUAAAUGUUAAUAUUCUAAAUGAAAAUAAAGAGUAUAAAAAGAGAAGUUACGAGUAAAAAAAAAAAAACAAUAAAACAAAAAAGAAAAAUAAUAUACAAUACUUGUCGAAGAACUAAUAAGGUAUGUGUAUAAUUUCAUUUGAUAAACAUUUUUCCAACGAUAUAUUUACGCGAUUACGCAUCAACGAUAUAUACAUACAUUAAUUGCUGAAACUUAGUACAAAUUAUUCAAUUUUAUAAAUUUUUCGUUCUAUAACAUAUAAUCUUUUACAAUGGCCUAAUCAUAUAUAUAUAUAUAUAUAUAUAUCUCCUGGAAAAAGCUUUGAAUGAUUGAAUGUAGAGUAAUAAAGAGCACACAGGUUUGUUGACAGUGAGUAUUUAUGUUCGUAAUAAUAGAUGGCAUUUUAAAAAUAAUAUGUUAGUGUUAUAUACGUAAUCAUGGUAUAAUAUAUAUUCGAACAUAAUAUCUCUUUACAAAUUUAAAUUCGUUUAUUAUAAUAUAAUUAUGACAACAAUUUACAUCACUUCAUUUUAAACCGUCCAAACUGCAAAGUGUUAGAAACAGAAAAUAAUAUCAAAUUAGAUAUUGUUAAAUAUCAUAACGCAUUAGUACGAAAUUAAUUUAUAUUGAUUGUAAAAUGAUAACGAGAUUCUAGGAAAAAGUAUUCACUGAAUGGUUAAAAGUCAAUGUAAUUACUUGAUAAAAUAAUAAUUAAUCAAUUUGUUCAGAUGCUUAACACUGAUCUUAUUAACAUCUCACUAUUCUAUGAAUAUUUUCGCCUGUAUACACGAAUUUAUUGUUCCUCUCUUCGACAUUUCACUAAAGUUUUAAGAAUGAAUAAAACCAUAUAGAAUUGAAAAUAUAUUAGAACAAUCAUAGAGAAUAGAAUUAUAUAAAGUAUAAUACUUUAAAGAGUAUAUUUUUACCAAUAUAAAAAAUAUUACUUUAAAUAUAUAUAUAUAUAUAAUAAUCGUAAUGUUGGUAAACUAAUAUACUUGAAAAAUUAAAGUGAUCAAAUAAAAAUAUAGAUUUUACUUGAUUAUAGCGAAUAGUGUGUGUAUAAAUUUGAUUAUAUUUUAUAUAAAUAAAUUUAGUAUAAAGUUUUAGAAAAAGAAAAAAAAAUGUUCAAUAUAUCGUCAAUCAAUAACUAAAUAUUAAGAAACAGAGUAUAGAUCAGACUGUUUAUUUAGAAGUGACUGAUAUCUAUUAAAAGUGUAAAUAUUCUUUAGGAUAUAUAAAAUUUGUAGCUGAGAAAACUGAUCAUAUAUCAUUGAUUUAUAGAAUUUAUUCAGGGUGGUGCUACUAUCUUCAAAUAUUAAAGAUAUUAUAAAAAAUUAUGAAAGCAAUUUUUAUUAAAAAAAAAAAAAAAAAAAAAAAGAAAGGAAGAAAAAAGAAAAACUUGUUUAAUAAGACAGACGAUAUAAAGUUAUUAAUAUCAUGAUUAUACUGGCCUUAUAAACAAUUGUCCUAAAUUAUGUCCUUAUUAAUUCAUACUUGUUCGAUUACAAGAAGAAUCACGAAUUGGAUGAUAAAAUCGUAUUUUUAUAAUGAAUACUGAUUUGACAUGCAUUUAUGAAACUCGACAAUAAAAAUGAGAAUGUUCAAUUAUAGAGUUACUAUUUAAAAUCAUCUCAUUGUAUUUUCAUGUAUUGCAAAAAAGAUUUUAAUUUUAAUCACUAUUAUUAUUAUUAUUAUUAUUAAACAAAAAUGAACCAAAACAUGGAAUAAAACGAACGGAAUAUUUAUAAUAGUUAAUGCCUUAGAAGAGUUAUAACUCAUUUGAUAUAAAUAUAAUGCAGAUAAUGAAUUUAUAAUAUUCAUCCACAUAAUACCAUAUUUUUGACCUCAAAAUCAUAAGAAUUUUAAUAAGGCUAUUACUUUUAUUGUUUCUUUUAAUGCCAUCAACAACUCGAGUAACAAUCAUGCACCAGUAUACAGUAUACACUGUUCUGUAGAUACAAGUAUUCUUAUAUUAUUUUCUUUCUCAAUAUGCGUGAGUGAUAAUUGCAUAUAUAAUUCCUGAUAAAUAUUGAUCAAACUUAAUGAUCAAUAUCUCAUAAGAAUAUAUAUAUAUAUAUAUAUAUAUAUAUAUAUACUGUAAGUACUUACAUUUAUUAUUGUUAAAAGUACUUGCAUCUUAAUGAGAAAAGAUUCAUUACAUCUAUGUAUAUCAAAAUAAAGAAAAUAUGUUGAAUACAAAGUUAUACAAAAUUAUAAAUAAAAUAAUUUUUAGAAACAUAAAAAAUUUAUUCCUUUGCCUAGCUAUUUUAUAUAUUCAGUGAAAGUUGCAGAUUUAUUUAAUUCGAAUAUCUUUUUCUGAAAAUGUUUAGAACUUAAUUAAGGUCUUUUACAAGAAACAAAUUAUACUUUACUUACUAAUUUAUCGUCUAUAGCAUUACGAUUUGUUAAAUCUUAAAUGUAAAAUAAAUUUAGGAAUAUACAAUCGGUUAUAAAAUAUGAAUAAAUUACUUAUAAUAACUAUAAUUAAAAUGAGCCUUGUAUACUGAAUGUUUGUUACAAACAGUCGUUAAAAAUGCAACAUCACAUUUUGAAAUGAUUGAUUCACAUAAAUAUACUAUUAUCCUGUAGAAAAUACCACUAGAUAUAUUAAUUGUUUCGCACACUUCCGAAAUAAGUAUUUUCUGUACGAAUGAUGAUUUUUUCUUUUUGGAUAUACUUCAACGAUUAUAAAAUUUGAAAUAUUGAAAUUCUUUUGAAUUUAUUUAAUAACAUUUAUUUUAGAAAUGAAAGGGAAUAUGAACCUAAUUAGAUAUCUGAAAAAACAAUAUAUAAUGCAUUUAAUCCUAUUAUAAUUGUGCACAGAAUAUUUUAUAAUAUAUGGUAAGAUAAAUUUAAUGCCUAAUUAAAGGAAAUACAAUAGGAAAGUAAUUUCGUUUAUAGAAAAAGAGAAAUAUUUUCCUUACAUACUUCUUUAGAACUAUCAAAUAAUAUAUAUCAAAACAUGCUAAUUAAAUGAAUAAUGAUGUAAUAGAUUUCAUAGAAAUCAAUAGCUAUUGUAAAAAUUAUCGUGUGAUAAAUACAUUUGAACUUUCCAAAAAACAAAAAAAAAAAAAAAAAAAAAAAAAAGAGAAAAAAAUGAGAUUUGUACAAUAAAUAAUUUUCGGUAACUAUAAUUUUUACGAGUCAUAAAAUGGAUCAUUUCUAAAGAAUAUCUAAUACAUAUUAAAAUAUUACAACUUUUUUUUUCACUGAUUGUUAUAACCGUUAUCGUAUGUACUACGUAUUUUAAUGAUUUCAUUUACAAAGCUUUAGCGGCAAAAUUCAAAUGCAAUUACACAAUAUAGUUUAUAGAAUUCUGACUGUGCUCGUUUUUUUGUCCGAUUAUAUAAAUGUGAUUAAUCUAAUAUUAUAAAUGUAUGAUAUAUCAAUAAAUAUAUUGUUCUAUUAAAACAUA